AGGACAGCUCUUCCUUGCCUGCCUUUUUUUUUUCCUACGUCCAGAGUUAUUGACCAGGAAUCUUUUGGUGCGUCCCUCUGGCUGCUUCGCUGGACUUUUCUUCUAGGGGUUAACGCCUAAAAAAAAAAAAAAAAAAGCGAGAAGCGCAGCCCCUCUCCUAAUGGCUCAGUUUUGCUGAAUAAUCACGUGUGAAUCGAGGGGCGGGCUUUUGGCAGACGGAUCUUACUAGUAUUUACUACCAAGCUCUACUCCAGAUUAACCAUCCCAGUCCUUCUGUCAGUCUCCGAUGCCAUCAUGCAGCCCGGGUAGGAGAAAAGGAAAGGGGAAGACACGACAACCAAAAAGGCAACUAAUCCAUCUUUUCCCCCCCACCUUCACCCCCGAUCGUCAGGACCCUAAAAGAAUGGCCGAGCCUUGGGGGAACGAGUUGGCGUCCGCAGCUGCCAGGGGGGACCUAGAGCAACUCACUAGUUUGUUGCAAAAUAAUGUAAACGUCAAUGCACAAAAUGGAUUUGGAAGAACUGCGCUGCAGGUUAUGAAACUGGGAAACCCAGAAAUUGCCAGGAGACUACUACUUAGAGGUGCUAAUCCCGAUUUGAAAGAUGGAACAGGUUUCGCUGUCAUUCAUGAUGCGGCCAGAGCAGGUUUCCUGGACACUUUACAGACUUUGCUGGAGUUUCAAGCUGAUGUUAACAUCGAGGAUAAUGAAGGGAACCUGCCCUUACACUUGGCUGCCAAAGAAGGCCACCUCCCCGUGGUGGAGUUCCUUAUGAAGCACACAGCAAGCAAAGUGGGGCAUCGGAACCAUAAGGGGGACACGGCCUGCGACCUGGCCCGGCUUUACCGCCGGAACGAGGUCGUUAGCCUGAUGGAGGGAAACCAGGUGGAGGGAGCUGUGAAUCUGCCAUGAAUGUGGGGAGGGCUCUCCCACACAGCCUUCUGUUUUGUUAGUAAUUAGUUUGGUUUCUUAUUUUAAUAUUUGUUCAGUUCAGUGUUGCCCUAUUUCAAGCAUAUAGUUAAACCUUCUGAAACUGCUAAUUGGAAAUUCUACUACAAGUUGAUGGAUAUAUUUAAGCAGUAUAUUUUCGCCUGCAAAAUCCUAAUUUCUAACAUAUAAUUGCAAAUAGCUUUGGCUUUCUUCUGAAUAUUUUAUCUGGUCUUUUUCUGCCUUUCUCUUUGUCAGUCUCAAUAUUCAAUUCAAGACCCAAAUUAGAAAGCUUU